AUGAAAAUAGCACUAAUUAGUGAAUGUCUCAUUUCAAGCAAUCACAAUAAAAGAACACUAUGCUACAUUCCAUCACAAGGUAGCAUCAAAUUUCAAGCUUCCACCGGAGAAGAAUCCACUACCAUUGAUUUCUGCUUGGCGCCAAAUUUGGUGUUAGGCCUCGCCUUCAUCAGGAGGUCGUCAUACCAAUGCAAGAUGGACGAAUUUUCAGUUUGCUUCAGUGAUCCUGUCGAUUUGGAUUUUCAUGUUUAUUCUUUGUGGCUGGAAGGACUAAAUGAAGAGGAAGCCACCAGACAAAGAAAGUGCAUGGAACCAUCCCUUAAUUUUCCAAAUGCAAUUCUUCUCAGUGAUACCCGAGAGCAGUUUCAACUGUUUCAGCUUCUUGAGAAGUUCUUGCAGUCUCCAUUGACUUUCAGGACUCAGAUGCUAUGUGCACUGUCACAAACGGCUCAGCAGGAGCUUAUCCAGAAGUACUACAGUUUUGAUAAGGAUGUCAUAAGAGAAAUUCUCGGACGUAAAAUGAGUGCAAAGUUGCGAAAAGACAUGGAUGAUGUUAGCGAGAAAACUGGAAUUCCACUUAAAAGGUGCAGAAGACAAUUUGAUAAUGUGAAGAAUGUUUUGAAAGCAUAUGAAGAUGGAGAAGGCAGUGCCUUGGAUAUCAUGCAGAGACAGUUUUUAGUGACGGAGCCACUAGCAAGUAUUUAUGCAUCCCUUGUGUUCAUCUUCGUGAACAGAUUUGAAACAGGAAGAAAAAGGCUUCUUUAUUUGAACUUUGAUGACUUUGUCUUCUGCGCGGAGCAAAUGCUGAAGCAUUGGUGCGUUGGUGAUAUUCUUUGUUAUGAUGACGAUUUGGAUCGAAAUUUUUUCCAAGAAAUUAGAGAUCUCAAAAACCUGAUAUCAGACAAGGAAAUAAACGAUCAACUGAAAAAUACGGUAGUAAGUCAUCUUGAAAACGAAAAUCAUGUUGGGUUGGCAAAGUCUGUCGAUGCUUGUUUUCGGAGUAUCUCUCAAAAGAUUUUUCAUAUUGGAUCUAGUAUGCCCAGUAGCCGAGAAGUUAGGGAAUUUUUCAAUCACUCUGUCGAAAAAAUUAUAGAACCCAUAAAACAACUGGAAUGGAGCAAGCAUGAGUUUGAGUUAUUUCUAGAUGCUUUAAUCAAUUGUGAAGGUGGUGUUAAGCCAUUAAUGAAGUCAAGUGCCCCGCCUAAGACUGGCUCAAGCUAUUGUCGAUUUCUCAAGCCUAUGAAAGAGUGCUUGUUACAAAUGUACCACACUUGAUGCUGGCUGCUACAAACUGGGUUGAAAAUUAAAUCUUUCGAUUGUAAAUAGCAAAUUGUGUAUUUUAGAGGGUUUUGAACAAAAUUAAUAUAGCAAUUAAUAGCUCAAUAUAAAUAUAUAUCUGAUUGGAAUCUUUCCGAAACUGCAUGGUUACUUAUUAGACUUGUGAUGGUUUAUUUUGCUACCAAAAUAUCAGUUAAGAACUGAAUUUUUCACUCUCCUCCGUGUUUAACCCAAGUAGAUUGCAUUUUGUUUUGUAGAAGAGAUCUUACCAAUCCCACCCAGCAUUUUUCAAUUUAUCUGCAAUUUAUAAGCAAAUCUAGUCUAGCAAUAUACAAUAUCCGUACCUUCUACUUUACAAUACAAUAUUCAUAAUUUUCUCUGAAGAGCGGUAUUCAUUGAAUUGCGUCUGAUAAUAGAGGCACAAUGUUUAUCUAAUGUAAAAUGCAGUUCUUUCUUAGAGAGUGAAACUCGAUCUCGUCGUCAAGCAAAUACAUAGGUAGACCUGUACUGGUUCGAGCUCUGCGGGCCCCACUCAAUGCAAUAUAGGAAUCAGAAAUUAGGUUCAUAUGCUAGGAAAUAAACCUCGAAGAAAAAGGUUUAUCAAGAUACAGUUUAAAAGUUCUUCGUCUGCAUGGUACUGUAUAGGUGUAUUUAAGACAUUGUUAGUUCUAGGAGAUUGUGUAUACUAAGGUAAUUAGAAAGAUGAAGAGGGUUGCCCUAUCUUUUGAAACAUUUCGGAAGGUUUAGAAACUUUAGUCAACUAUAAAUUAUGAGCUAUGUUGCUGGAUUGAAAAAUGACCUGUAUUUUCAAUCUUUGUCAGACUAAAAUUUGGGGUGAUGCUUGUUUUGGGCAUUUUGUUACAGUGUAUAAUGGCAAACUCUAUUGCUUUUUUGUAACUAUUCUGAUGAUGCACAAUUGAAGCUGUUCUUAGUCUAGAUUUUAGAAUUGAAAAUAG